AUGCGUCUCCACCCUUAUUAUUACUACAGUUUUGUGCUCGACCUCAUUCUCUAUGAUACUCAACAAAAUCGUGCAUUAUCUUUAAUGAUUGGGAAUAUUCAAUUGAAAAAUGGGCAAAACAAAUUACUAGCAAAUUUCCACAAAAGUGUGCCUGUUUUUAAAGCGUUUCCUGGACGUUCUAUUUUUUCACACUUUUAUACUUUGACUCGAAACACAGUAUUUUGGCCUUUAUGGAUAGUCGGCUAUUUCUCCACAAAUUCCGACGUUUCCGAACAAUUGACAGUGCAUUUCCCAAAUUAUUAUAUGGAAAAACCUGACGACCAAGCGACUAAACAAAUUAUUGUGCAAUUACAAAAUAAAUUUAUUCAGGCACUUUAAUUAAUUUUUAAAAAUGUUUCGAAAUUUUGUUUCCGAAAUUUCGUUUUUUUCGAAAGUUUGCUCGAAUUUUCGUCUUGUCUCGAAAUUUCGUCUUUUACCCGAAAUUUCGUCUUUUUGUUUCCGAAAUUUCGUUUUCUCUCGAAAUUUCGUCUUUAUUUUGAGAUUUCUUCUUUGUUUCGAAAUUUUGUUUUCGAAAUUAAGGGGGUGUGGCAGAACGGAGAAGUACUCGAAAUUUCGUAUUUCUUCGAAAUUUCGUCUCUGUUUCGAAAUUUCGUAUAGUUACAAAAUUUCGUUUUCGAAAUUUUGUCUUUUUUCCGAAAUUUCGUCUUUCGAAAUUUCGCUUAAUUUUGAAAUUUCGUUUUUGUUUCGGAAUUUUGUUUUUGAAAUUUCGCCUUUGUUUUCGAAAUUUCGCCUUUGUUUUCGAAAUUUCGUGAUUUUAUUAUUUUUUCCUUUAAUUUUAAAAUUUAUUUUUUUUCAGCUUUCCUCAGCAACACUCCGAAUCAGAACACACAUAGGCCUUUGGAGUUACUUUUUGAGUGAAUACCCUAUAAGUUCCUAUUUUGUUUUAGUUGCUGUUUGUUUCGUUUUGUUUUUUUCUAUUUUUAUUUUAUAUUAUUUGUUCAAUUUUUUGAAAAGAUUAUUUCAUUU